GAGAGUUCUUGUCAUAAAACCUAAACCAUAGUUGUAGUAGGUAAGCUAAGCUCCGGCGGAGAGUCUCCGAGAGAGAGAGAGCGCGAGCUUGCUUUUGGCCGAUCGUUAAUUUCGAGGCGGGGACCAUGUUGUGCGGAGGCUCACGUGCCUUGCAGCAUUUGUCCGAUUACCAUCAUCACCAUUCAUCGAUCGGAUUAGGAUUAGUUUUUUGCGGUGCUAAGAUCGUUCAGCUCUCUUCGUUCUUCCUCAGGCCUUCUCAAGCCAUAGCGAGAGGUCAUCUCAGCCAUAGAUUGCGUCACCGGAUGAUUUAUUCAUCUCGGUUUCACUACAAGACUUCCACCGAAACGCCUAUCCUUCACAACUGUUUCAGCCAGCGAGAAGAUAAUCCUGAGCUUCCAGCUGAUGGGUCAACUCCUGUUUCAGGAGGUAUUGUUGCUCUAGGGAAGUUUGAUGCCCUGCAUGUUGGCCAUAGAGAGCUUGCCAUUCAAGCUUCCAGAGUCGGAACUCCGUAUCUAUUAUCUUUCGUUGGAAUGGCUGAGGUAUUCGGUUGGGAGCCUAGGGCUCCAAUAGUGGCCAAAUGUGAUCGCAAACGUGUGCUUACCUCUUGGGACUCAUACUGUGGAAACAAAGCACCAGUAGAGUACGAGAUUGAAUUUGCCAGCGUGCGGCAUCUUACCCCACGAGAAUUUGUGGAGAAGCUAUCAAAAGAGCUCAGAGUCUGCGGAGUUGUGGCAGGCGAAAAUUAUAGAUUUGGAUAUAAAGCUUCGGGUGAUGCCUCUGAGCUAGUGAGAUUGUGCGAGGAGUAUGGCAUCGGUGCUUACAUCAUAAGCUCUGUGAUGGACAAGAAGCAAGACUCGGAGAAGAGAAACAACUCAGGAGGGGGGGACUCAAAAGACAGAGGGCAAGUCUCUUCUACACGUGUACGCCAAGCUCUCGCAGCGGGAGAUAUGAGCUAUGUAACAGAGCUUCUCGGCAGAGCCCACCGGCUUAUCUUGCAAGUCAACAGCACCGGAGAUAUGCAGAACGAAAGAAGGAUCUCGGUGCCGAGAUCAUCAGUGCUUAAUCUUCCUCCUGGAAAUGGGGUUUACAAGGCAUGUUUGGUUCUUGCUGGUGGUGAUGAGCCUUCAGUUCCGUGUAGCGUAGUUGUUGAUGCAUCAUGUAUUCAUGUAGAAACAGAGGAGCUACGACUCUGUAAUUCAGAUUGGUCUCAAGAGUUGAAACUCUUGAGUGUUGAGUUUGGUUGAUUCAAUCUUUUUGAUUAGUUCGUAA